AUGGCUCGCAAGCUUCUUUCGGCACUCUCCCUACCGACCACAUUUCAAGCCGGUCUGGCAGCGAUGACCCUCGCAUUUUGUGCCGUGGCGUUGCUCAUGUGUGCUUCUCAUUCGCGUAGAUGGCGCCGCCAGUGGAAUGCUUGCACAGACUUCUUUGACGAUGGUCCUGUUGUCCAACAUGUUCAGCCUGGAAACUAUGAUGCAAGUAGUGAUGAGCAGGAAGAAGACUCGGUCUGGCAGAAGAACAUACUCAUGGGUGGAAAGUGCCAGCUACCAGAUUUUUCGGGUGUCAUAAUCUACGACGCUGAGGGCAACAUCGUCAAGCCUGACAAGACUCCUCGUUUAACCUGGAAGUAA